UAAACCUGAUUUCACCAGUGGGCAGAGCCCUAAGCAUCCUGCAAGGUUGCACCAAUUGUUACGUUUCCCACAAAGCAGAAGGAUGCUUUCUGUCCAUGACAUUUCAUUCAUCUGACUUCUCCCCUUCAUGUGGCCAGGCUUCAUGCAGGCCAGGAGGUAGACACACAUACAUAGAUGGUCACAGAAGUGGGCCAGUACCUUGACAGGGGCAGCCCAAGGGCCAUGGGAGCUCACAGUGUGGGUGGCCUUUCCUGGAUGAGGGACAGAUUGGACUGGGAAAACCUCACAGAAGAGGUGGCUUUUUAAAUCAGACAUGUGAGAGUUUGCUGGUAGACAGAAGGGUAUCUUUGUUUUUCAUCAGAGGGAACAGCCUGCGCAAAAAGGUAGGUGGCUCUAGAAGAGUCAGGCCUCUGGACUAGAAAGCUGUCUCUGUGGGAUGGGUUUAAAGAGGGAGCUGUGGUGGGGUCCCAGUCUUCUGUUGGGAAGUGCAUUCUGGUACCCAGCACGGCUGGCAGUUGGAGGCAGGGCCAGGAGUGAGGCUGUUGCAGCAGGCCUCCUGAGCCCGACCAGGACAGGUGGAGGACUGCCCGGCUUAGGGAUGAGGGAGAGGGAAGACGGUGACCCCACCUGCCCCCGGGGAGCUGCAGAUUUGAUGCUCCGCCCUCGUUCUGUCACAGGUAACACAGCAGCUUCUGCCUCCUCUGACCUCUGUGACCUUUCCAGCUAACCCUUCCCAGUCUCUUGGGAGUGGCUGGUCAGCAUCUUGUAGCCACACCGGGACCCUGGACGGUGCGGGAAAGAGGAUCCAAGGCCUCUGGGAUGAACUGUGGAAUCCUCUCCAUCUUCAGCCCCUGCCUUGCCUCAGGAUUUGCGGGGAUCACAGCUCCUUUUUUCGUCCCCAAAAUCACCCACUGGGGACAGGAACCAAGAUUCAGUGAAUACCAGUGUGUGCCAGGCUGGGUCUGGGUCUUCACUUUGCCUCAUGUAAUCAUCACUGCGACCCAUUGGGACCAGCGCUAGGAUUAUCUCCAUGUUGCAAUUGAGGACUCAGAGGCGCCUCCUCCUGUGACCAUGUACGCUGCCUCGGGUUGAUGGGAACUUGAAAAUCUUCGGGAAGAAGACAUUGGAAGGAGACAAUCGUAUUGGGAACCUUGCCCAUCUCCCUGUAGAUUAUCCUCCUGGGCCCCCACCAUGCCGUGGCCCCUGCUGCUGCUGCUGCUGCUGCUGCUGCUGCUGACCGUGAGUAGGGCCCAGACAACACGGCCAUGCUUUCCCGGGUGCCAGUGUGAGGUGGAGACCUUCGGCCUUUUCGACAGCUUCAGCCUGACUCGGGUGGAUUGCAGCGGCCUGGGCCCCCACAUUGUGCCAGUGCCCAUUCCUCUGGACACAGCCCACCUGGACCUGUCCUCUAACCGGCUGGAGAUGGUGAACGAGUCAGUGUUGGCAGGACCGGGCUACACGACGCUGGCUGGCCUGGAUCUCAGCCACAACCUGCUCACCAGCAUCUCACCCACUGCCUUCUCCCGCCUUCGCUACCUGGAAUCACUGGACCUCAGCCACAAUGGCCUGACGGCCCUGCCAGCCGAGAGCUUCACCAGCUCGCCCCUGAGCGACGUGAACCUUAGCCACAACUGGCUCCGGGAGGUCUCAGUGUCCGCCUUCACGACCCACAGUCAGGGCCGGGCAUUACAUGUGGACCUCUCCCACAACCUCAUUCACCGCCUCGUGCCCCACCCCAGGAGUGCCAGCCUGCCCAUGCCUACCAUUCAGAGCCUGAACCUGUCCUGGAACCAGCUCCAUGCCGUGCCCAACCUCCGAGACUUGCCCCUGCGCUACCUGAGCCUGGAUGGGAACCCUCUGGCUGUCCUUGGUCCGGGUGCCUUUGCGGGGCUGGCAGGCCUUACACACCUGUCUCUGGCCAGCCUGCAGGGGCUCCCCAAGCUGGCGCCCUAUGGCUUCCGGGAGCUUCCGGGCCUGCAGGUCCUGGACCUGUCCGGCAACCCCAAGCUCAACUGGGCAGGAGCUGAGGUGUUCUCAGGCCUGGGCUCCCUGCAGGAGCUGGACCUUUCAGAUACAAACCUGGUCCCCCUGCCUGAGGCGCUGCUCCCCCGCCUCCCGGCACUGCAGAGCAUCAGCGUGAGCCAGGAUGUGCGGUGCCGGCGCGUGGUGCGGGAGGGCACCUACCCCCGGAGGCCUGGCUCCAGCCCCAAGGUGGCCUUGCACUGCGUAGACACCCGGGAAUCUGCUGCCAAGGGCCCCAACACCUUGUGAUGAAUGGUGUGGCCCGGGGCCACGUAACAGACUGCUGUCCUGGGCUGCCUCAGGUCCCGAGUAACUUAUGUUCAAUGUGCCGACACCAGUGGGGAGCCCACAGGCCUAUGUGGUGGCGUCACCGCAGGAGUCAUGGACUGAGGGGAGGCUUUGGACCUGGGACUCACGCCCGGGAGCAAAGUCUCGCCCUUUUGUCUAUGUUGCUCCCCCAAACCAUGAGCAGAGGGACUUCAAUGCCAAACCAGACUGUGGUCCCCUCCUGCUUCCCUUCCCCGCUUAUCCCCCAAGUGCCUUCCCUCAUGCCCGGGCCGGCCUGACCCUCGACAGGCAGAGGGUGGGUAAGAACCCCCGCUGCAGGGCAGAGUUCAGGUCCACUGGGCUGAGUGUCCCCUUGGGCCCAUGGCCCGGUCACUCAGGGGCAUGAGUUUCUUUUCGGACACAGCCCUUUCUUUGCCAUGGGCCCCUCAUGAGGCCCACUUCAUCCUUGUCUAUUUCCUUGGAACCUUAUGGUAGAAGAAAUUGCAAAGAAUCAAGUCCACCCUCCUCAUGUGACAGAUGGGGAAACUGAGGUCUCAAGAAGGAAAAAGUCUAAUCUGAGUUCCUAUGGGGCAGUGGCAUGACUGGAGCACAGCCUCCUUCCUCCCAGUCCCGCCCACUGCACUUUCUUGUCUCUUCCGAUAAGCCCUCCCCUCCUCACCUGGGCUCCUCUUGCUGCUCUUGCCCUUUCCCCAUUAGCCCAGGAGUAGCAGCAGCAGGACAGGCAGGCGCCCCACCAGUGGCACUCUGGGCCUGGCGACCAGCUCUGGGGCCUGGGCUAAGUCACUCUCCUUUGGUGCCUCUGGUAGCUUAGGGCACACCGGAUCCAGCCUAGCCAGUUUCUCACUCUGUUGGGGCCCCCCAGCAUCCAUACUGGAAACCUACCCGUUUUCCCGAGUGUCCUCGAGAUGCUCCCCCAAGGAGCUGCUGCCUUUCCAGAGAGUACCCGGCCGGGAGCUCUGAGGGGCCUCCUGGAUUCAGUCCCCACUGGCAUCAGCCCUUCUCACCCUCCCAGGAAGGCUGUGAAAGGAGGCAGGGUCUCCCCCACCCAUGUUCUCUACCCCCAGGGUAGCAUCUCAGCUUCCCAGCCCUGGGCUCUUUGCUUAGUCUUCGUUUUAUAAAAGUUGUUGCCUUUUUAAUGGACUGUCACUUUCAACCCACAUCCCCCACCCCUGCUGGCAGGAGAUGGAGACAUGUCAUUUGUAAAAGAAGAAAAGGGUUGCAUUUGUUCACUUUUGUAAUAUUGUCCUGGGCCUGUGCUGGUGGUGUUGGGGGGAAGCCGGGCAUCAGUAGCCUCGUGGGCAUCAGGGGCUGGCCCCACAGAGACCCCACAGGGCAGUCAGCUCUGUCUUCUCCCACCUGCCUAGCCCAGCAUCUAUCUGACUGGUCCUUGAUUUAAUAAAUACUAUAAAGAGUU